AUGAAGAAAAUUCUUAUAAAUGCUACUGAUCCAUUAAAAUCACUUGAGCUGAUUGAUUCAAUUCAACGUCUUGGAGUGGCAUAUCAUUUUGAGAAGGAAAUCAACGACAUAUUACGUAGAGUUCAUAAGAUCAACAUCAUUGAUGAUGAUCUAUAUGUAGUUGCACUUCGUUUUCGACUAUUACGACAGCAAAGAUAUAACAUAAGUUCUGAUGUAUUCAAUAGGUUUUUGGAUGAUAAAGGAGAUUUCAUGGCUUGCUUAUGCAACAAUGUGAAAGCUUUACUAAGCUUAUAUGAAUCUGCUUAUCUUGGAUUUCCUGAUGAAGAAAUACUAGAGAAAGCUAAAAUUUUUUCAAGGUUUCACUUGAAGUCAUUGAUCUGCAAGAUGGAGCCAUCUUUUGCUUUGAUGGUGACAAGUGCUUUGGAAUUGCCAUUGGUCAGAACACCUGAUCGGCUCAAGGCUAGAAAUUACAUAGAAAUUUAUGACAAGUACAAAUUGUGCAAUCAAAAACUACUUGAUUUUGCUAAAUUUGAUUUCAAUAUAUUGCAAGCUACUUAUCAAGAGGAGCUUGGAAUCAUAUCAGAGUGGUGGAAAGAGUUAGGCUUGCUCAAAGACUUACCAUUUGUACGUGAUCGAAUAGUAGAAUCCUACUUCUGGAUGCUUAUAACUUACUGUGAACACUGCUAUUCACAUGCUAGAGUUAUUAUGACAAAGUUGAUGGCCCUUGUUGUGACAAUGGAUGAUAUAUAUGAUAUUUAUGGGACACUAGAAGAGCUCGAGUUAUUCACCAAUGCAAUAGAAAGCUGGGAUCUUGAAAAAGUUAGAACGUUGCCAGAAUAUAUGCAACGAUGCUUCCUUGCGAUUUACAAUACCUUCAAGGAAAUCGAGGAUGAGUUAGCUCAUGAGCACAAUUCUAUUCGAGUUCAUUACGUUAGAGAUGAGUUGAAGCGAAUGGCUCAUGCGUACCUUCAAGAAACCAAAUGGACGAGCGAGUGCUAUAUUCCUAAGCUUGAGGAAUAUGUUAAAGUAACAUUUAUUACUUCUGGGUGCAUAUUUAUCACGUGUGCUUCAUAUGUUGGAAUGAAGGAAUUUAUCUCAAAGGAUAUUUUUGACUGGGUUAUCAGCCCUCCUGAGAUCAUCAAAUCUUUUUGUGCAAUUGGGAGGCUUAUGAAUGAUAUUGGUUCAUAUCAAAAUGAACAAAAAAGGAAUCAUCUUGCUUCAUCAGUUCAAUGUUACAACAAAUUGAUAUGUAAAAGUUUCCCCAGGAAGGAUUGGACACUGCGUUAUUCCCUGAGUGCCAUCGCUCCAAGGAGUGCCACGCUUCAUUAA